AUGCCUUUCACUUCUUCCUCAAAGUCCACAAAGACCAUGUCGAGCGCAGCCUCCACAAUCUCCACCUCCUCCACCCUCAAGGGAACAGACUCGAACAAGAAGUGGUUCUCCCUUCCCUCAAAGACAACAAAGACAACCGAAUCCCAACCCAAGUCCAAGUCCACAGCCGAGAAGAAGGCUAUCCACUACGAAGCUGUUGCAACCUAUCUAGCCCUGCGCUAA